AUGAGCACGGGCACGGCUACGACAUCCCAGGCUGCCGGUCUGAUAUCACCAACGUCCACCACACCGCCUACCGCCAACGUGGCCGUGGCCGUGGCCGUGGCGGGCAGCAGCAGCAGCAGCAGCAGCAGACGCAGCAACAGUAAUACCAGCACGACGACGGAUGGACGAGCACCGGCAAGGCGCUCGGUAGAGGAUGAUCCAUCAAGACAGGCCGCCAUGGCACAACGGAGAGCGAAGCGAGCCCAGGUGUCGCGUGCAUGUGCGAGAUGCCGUAGGCUGCAAAAAGGUUGCAGCGAGUCGCGACCUUGUCAAAGGUGCAUCAGGACGGGCCUAGCCGAGCAGUGCCUUGCUGGAGGUGCCAAUCCCGCGUCCGCCGCGCCGCAAUCACGAUUUGGCAGCGGCACGGUUGUCUAUGAGUUGGGCACGACAUCGGCGCUCAUCACGUCGCCGACCCUGUCGACGCUGGGCCUCGGUGGCCGGACGCACACCAAUUUUGCCAGGGAGUCCUUUCAAAGGCAGCCAGACUUGGUACCCAACCUCGUCCUGGAGCAAUGUGCAGAGCGCUUCUUUCUCCGUCUGGGCCCCACCAUCCCGAUCCUCUCCCCAGAUUACGUCUCACAUUUACAGAGGCGUAUGAUGGAAUCGACAGAGGCUGGAGCCGAAGCAUAUUGCGUACUUAUUGGAAUGUGCGCCAUGGUGCUAUUGCAGGUCGAGGAGCCCGGAGGUCGGAGGUUCGGCGACCUGGUGACCGCGGAGACGAAUGCCGCUUACGGAUGGAUGCUCCUGGAGGAGGCUCUUGCCGCCCACCGUCAUCUACCCCGGAGUUCGAACCCCAGCUUUGAGAGCGUGCUUCUCACUUUCUUCAUCUACACAUGUCAUGCGGCAUUGUUACAUCACAGCCAAGCAUUCUUCUUUCUACGCGAAACUACCACGUUGUAUCUUUUGUUCAAGCCGGAGACUCUACCAGAUUCUACCCGAUCCUUGGCCGACCGUCUAUACUGGGUGCUCAUCGCUUCCGAACGCGGUCACGCAAUACGUUAUCGACGCCCAAUUACGCUCCAAGUCACAUCUGCCAGUCCCAGUGUGCCUUUGCCGACCACAAGUCCCGUCGAACAGUCACACCCACUAGGUGGCUUUUGGUCUCUGGCGUCGCUCUUUCGACCCCUGGACACCUCCUUUAUCGCGAUACUGAAUUCGGAAUCCAUCUCCUGCCCUCCUUCCCCAGGUUCCCUCGAUGAGAUUGAGGCCGCCGUCAAUGCCGCCUUGGGCCAUAGUCCGCCGUCAUCGCUACAUCAAACGCAAAAAGCCAACUUGAGAGUAACGCAACUAUGGCUUCGUAUCAUCAUAUGGCAGGUCCGACUUCGCCUAGGGCUCCUCUCCGAAGCAGCUCUGGCCAAGUCCAGUCAUACAUACCAUUACCCAUUGGAGGUUGCAAAGGACUUGGCAUUGAGUACUCGAGACCUAGAAAUCGGGGCCAUGACUGUACAUGGCGUAGGUCUCACCGAGAAGUUGUUUGACAUUGCUUGCGUGGUGGUCAAUGUUCUUGCCAGAGUGCCUGUAGGGUUCGAGCGAGGACCAGCAGAGGAAGACGUCAAGUAUAUCAGAGGAUUGAUCACGGAACUACCAGGCGGCAGAACUGUAUAUGAUAAACUGAUGGUCAAGCAUCUGAUGGCUGUACUUCCUGGCAUUGUGGACAAUUGA